CCCCCCACUUCUCAUCACAGUCACCACGGGGCAGUGUCAGGCCACGUAGUACGUGCCCACGGGAUGUAGAAUAGUCGGGGUGGGGGGGGGGAAGCCACGUCGGGAGUAGACUAAGGAGUAGGAGCAGGAGGAGAAGGAACAACUAACGACAGAGAACGAGAAGAAGCAGCAGCAGAGAGGUGAACGAGACGCAGCAAGGAGUCACCAUGCGUGGCACCUGGGCCGAGAGCUUCAGUCUGUGGCUCGGCUCCACCGGGGAACGUCUCGCAGCCGACGCAGGACGACUCCUCGGGACUCACGAAGCCGUCCUCUCGUGGCUGGGCCUGGGCCUCGUCGUCUUCGUCGUCGUCUUCUUCUUCUCCGUCUUUCUCUGCCGCCGAGGUCGGCGAGGGGGAGGCCGUCAAAGGGGCCUCGCCGCCGCCGGGAAAGGCGGCGCCAUUCCCGCAGAGCGAUCAGGCGAGGUCGGGGAUGAGGCGCGGCCUAGUGGCGGGGCCCCGCGGUCUCCGGAAGACGAGGCGAGUGUGAGGAGGAGAAAGGAGCGAGCUGCAGUCAAGCAAGUGACAAAGCAGCAGGUUAAUGGGAAGGCGCUGACUCCCCAGUCUGAAAGAGAAGCUGUGGAAAAGAGACGAUCAUCCCCAGUCUCGGCUGUCAGGAGCCCCGCCUCUCCGUCGCAACUUGAGAAAACGGGAGAAAAGACUAAGAAGGCAAAGAAAAAGUCAAAAGCAGAACAGAAGCAUUCGUCCGACUUGCAAGACGAUGAAACAAGUGAGGGCAACUGGGAGACGAAAGUAAGCGUGCGCGAAAAGCGGCAGCAGAAAAAGGAGAAGCGAGGAAAGGAGCAGCCGGGUCAGCUCACCCCACCCGUGCCCACGUCCACUUCUGCCGGCAGUAUUCCCGAUGGGCCUGCGAAGCCUGCUGCAGCUUCACAGCGAAGCCGCCCAUCCAACUCUGCAGCAGACCACACCCUUCGCCGGGAAGGAAGCCCAAAUCCAAAGCCUUCUCCAGUCGCCAUAAAUGGUGGUGGCGGCGGCAGCAGCACCCUGGGUUGGGUGCCACCUCAAGCCGGUAGGGUUCCCACUGCUUCUGCUUGGGCAGAACAAGGAUGGGCGUCGGGCAGCGGCACCGGCAGUGGCUUGGUUGCCCCCAGCGGAACGCCGUGUGUGGAUGCUGAGAGCACCACCGCCACCGCCCGGGCCACUCUGAAUGCUUGUGUGCCGGGCUGGGCUGUGGGGAGUGGCGUAGACGGUGGCCCCGCGCUGGCUUCCGUUCCUGCCGCCGCCGCCGUCGCGGCCGUCACGGCCGUCACCGCCUCCACCGCCGCCGUCGUCGCUGCCGUUCCCCCCGGGGGAGCCGUGGAAAAGGGCAGCGGGGUCAACGGCACGGACGAUGCCUCGGUGUGGGGCCCCACCCCGGCCGAGGCUAGCGGGGUCCAUCGCGAGUGGGCUGGGCCGGGCCCUGUGCCUCCGCCCGCCAGGGUGUGCGGCGAAGACGACGUUUUUGCCAACAUGGGCACGUGGAAUAAUGCUGAGCUUGCAGCUGCCCCAAAGCCUCCACACCUGAGCUACAGCGUCAUGCCAGCCCAGCUGAUCAAAGCGACCAUGCCAGGCGUCGCAGACAAGGCAGCGUCAGCACAGGUGUCUGCUCCAGCUGCCGCUCCCCCCCUGGCUCCUCCCCCAGGCUGGGCCCCUGGAGCCGGUGGGGCCACCACCGCCAUCCCUCCCAUCGUGGAUGACGCCUGGAGCGUGGAAGGUGACUUUAAAUCGUCCGUCCAAAAUCCGGACUGGAGUUUCCCAGAAGAGGAGUGGGCUGCCUCAAACCCGGUGGAGCCUCCGCUUCAAGUGGCCCCAGAAACGGAGGCGAUGGAGGGAGAGAAUGGAAAGGCUUCUCCGGAUGACGAGGAGAAGUCGGAGGCAACGCAGCAAACCACCGGAGCCAAACCCAAAAAGAAGAACAAGAAAAAGAAGAAGAAAAACAAAACCUCCGAUGAGGCCACAGGCGCAGAGGAGGGAGCGGGCGAUGUUGAUGGCGUUGAGGCAGUCGAGGCUGCUGGGCCGCCGGAAGCGGAGGAGGCUGUGAACCGCAGCGAGGCGCCCGUCACGGAGGCUGUACCACUGCCACCCGUCGCGGCUGUCACGCCGCCCCCGCCGCUGCCCCCCGUCAGCGUGGUGCAAAAGACCGUGCUGGCGCUGGAGACUGAAGUCGCUUCUGAAGAGCCACCCAGACCCUCCGAGUCUGUGGCUUCUGUCUUUUUGGAACCCGAAUCACUCCUGCUGAGCAGGGGGGAGAGUGGAUCACUGGGUACUGAGGGUCAAGCUGAAGAAAACUGGGAGGGUGUCAAGCAAGCUAAGAAGGCAGGAAAGAAAAAAGCUCGGAGAGAAAUCUGAUUACAAAAGGGCUAUUUUCUUAUACGCAAGGUUUUGAUAACAGUGUUAAAACCUCCUGGGUUCACUGUGAGUGAAAGCCUUGUGAUGGAAACGAAAUGAGGGCCAUGGCAACUGGCUUUUUGGAACUUGCAAUCUAAAGGGCUCACAGUGAAUGGCGGAUUAUAAUGACCGGUCCGUGAUCUGCAAGUUUAAAGGGGGCCACUGUAUCAAUAACCAUUAGCAAUGUGGGGCAUUGUGCUUUUACACAAGCGAGGUGGAUGCAACAGCCGACAGUGGCUUAAACGUGCAAGGUGCUUGCUUCAUAUUUACAGUUCCUUCCCUUGUUAUUGACGAUCAUGCAAAUAAAAAAAAUAUGCCCGAGGUUUUCUCGUAAGGACAUGGCACAAGUAAUAAGGCUCUUACUUACUUGACCCCAGGUGGUUUAUGUAAUGUAUCUGCACCCUACCCUUGUAUGAUAUGUGCAGUUUUAUACCGACAAACCAAAUGCCUUUCCUUCUUCGUUUGAUCUUUAUUGCUGGAUGCAUUGUACCAUUCUAUUGGUUUCUUUCCACUGAGAAAAUCCUUGUGGCUUCAUCGUCAUUGGUGUUGGUUUCCAUGACGAAGAGGUAUUGAUGGAGUACCUAUUUGAGGGUGACACUUUUUGAAGAUAUAUGCUGCAGAGAAUCUUUUUUUUAUUAUGCCAUAAAUAGCUUGUAAUGAAUCGAACUGAAAUUUCUGUGUCCCAUAUGAGAACUACGAGUUCCACGAAUUGCACCAUUUGUCGUCACAAGUUCUGAACAAGCUAAGGAUAUACUCCAAACCUAGAUCCUCGGUUGUCUGUGGUUUUCUUACUUUGUUUGUUCAAGCUGGCUGGUGUAAUGCCUUAAGUAUCCCACCAUUCACCGCGAUGUUUUAGUAUCAUUUGAAAUGUUCCAUUUUACUUUAUUUCCCUUUGCCAAAUAUCUGUUAACAGAUAAGCUCCUAAAUUAAUAUUGUCAAGUCUUGUCAAUUUAAAAUAGGCAUCAGUGGGUUUUCAUACCUAUAACACAUCUGGGGAAAUGCACUUAGAUUGAAUAGACUAUGCUUGACCUAGAAUUUCUGUUUAAAAUAAUUUCUUAUGUUUUUUUUUUGAAUUGCAGUAGUACGUUACGUAAUACGUUAGAUUUGGUUCGUUAAUUUUGUCGUAGUUUGAUUUUUUUAAAUUUCUAUUGCAAUAAAGUUUGUGAUAACUUUUAAAGUAUGUUUUGGUUAUGAAAUAUAUAGAUGACAUGUUUGCGGCCACUAUUUUUCAGCUUAGUAUUAGGCGUUUAACAUUAAAGAUGCUCUGUGACACGGGCUGUGUGGUUUUAUUGUACAUUCGGAUGUAUACAACGAAGUAAUGGCAAUUGAAAUACCACGUGUAUUAGAAGUCAUUUCAGAGGCUUGCCCGAGUGCCAUGUGGGUACAGAGCUUUGCUGGGGAGCAACACAGUCGUGUUUAUUUGGAACACAUCCACCACGCUCGUUUGCUGAUUCACCUUUAUGUAGUGCAGUUGGAGAGGGGAAAAAAACAUGCUUAUCUGUAACAAGAGGCUCUUAUUAGCCCAUUUGGCUAUGGGUGAUGUUGGAAUCUUUCAUUCUGUGUAGUGGAUCAUGUUUCUUGGGUCAGAUGAGUCUUGAACCCCCACCCCCAAUGAAAAUACAUGUCUGUCUUGAUGCAAAAAAACACACAAACAAAUAAAAACUCUUGAUUUUAAGUGCAACAAAGAAAAUGUGGUUCAUAAUGUAUCGCACACACAUAGAACUUCAUGAACGGGUUGCUGAAAUGUGGAUAUAUAAUGAUAGGAGAUGUAAUAGUUGGAUUUCGUAUGAUUGCCAAGUGUAAUGUUUUCGACCAUUCAGUCUAUUAUCUGUUUGUAGUUUAGUAUUGUUCCCUUGAAUUUAGGAGGGGAGGGCAGGUUGAAACGUGCAGUUUCAAGCCCUUAAUUGCUGCCCUACCCGCCUUAAAAGACUGGUAAUUAAUCAUUGGUUUCUUCAAGCCAUUGUCAUUUUCUUUUUGCUAAUUUUGUGAUAACUUGAAACUUAUUAGAAUAAACUUUUUUCGUGUUCACUUACA